GGAUCCCACACCCUUAGAGCUUACCCAAAUCUCCUGAAGCUGCCGCUGAAGCUGAAAAACCCAAAUACUCAUAUACAUCGGCCGCCAUCAUGUCUGGAAGCGCAGGCUACGACAGACACAUUACCAUCUUCUCCGAUCAGGGUCGCCUGUAUCAAGUCGAAUAUGCAUUCAAGGCAAUCACGGCAGCGAACAUCACAUCACUGGGAGUGCGGGGCAAGGAUUGCGCAGUAGUCAUCUCGCAGAAGAAGGUUCCAGACAAACUUAUCGACCCUACUUCCGUCUCCCACAUCUUCAGGCUCUCUUCGUCGGUUGGCUGUGUUAUGACUGGGUCUAUUGCCGAUGCGAGGGCCUCCGUGAGCAGAGCGCGGGGUGAGGCUGCCGAGUUCCGCUACAAGUUCGGCUACGAGAUGCCCUGCGAUGUCCUGGCGAAGAGGAUAGCGAACAUCAGCCAGGUCUACACACAGCGCGCUUACAUGCGGCCAUUGGGCGUCGCCACCACCCUCAUCUCCCUGGACUCUGAGUACGGACCCCAACUCUACAAGUGCGAUCCGGCAGGCUAUUACGUGGGCUACAAGGCAACAGCGUCGGGUCCGAAGACGCAAGAGGCGCUCAACUUCCUCGAGAAGAAGCUGAAGAACAAGGAGCACGCCGAGGGUAGCUGGGAGGAGGUUGUCGAGCUGGCAAUCACCGCAUUGAGCACUGUCUUAUCCGUCGAUUUCAAGAAGGGCGAAUUGGAGAUCGGAAUCGUAGGAGGACCCAAGACCAAUGGCCAGGACGGCACAGACCCCGCGUUCAGGGCACUCACCGAGGACGAGAUCGAUGAACGGCUGCAGUCCAUUGCUGACAAGGACUAGGCAGUUCGUUCCUCAGAGCUGGAAGGGUUAUGGAUCGCUGAGGUAGGAUCGCGAUCUCAAGCAUGACGAUAUUUCCAGGUAGUAUGAUACGGCCUCUCAGACGUCAGAAAUGCUUCAGCAGCACCAUGAAUCAAGACGUUAGACUACUUUCCUGCAUAAGCGCAACCGUGAAACGAGCAGCCGGAGCCGGAUGAGGAAGCCUGGGUUCACAGCCUCAUGACUCCACGU